AUGGCAUCCACCUCAAAGGCUCGACAAACCUCGGACGCGCCAGUCGAGCUCCCUGGCGAGCAAGCUCCAGCCGUACCCGCUUUAAACUGCGAGAGUUGCGGCCAAAUUGUCACCAGUCAAUACGUGAGAGCAUUGGGAGCCAUCUACCACGUCGACUGCUUUCGCUGCAAGGACUGCAACGAGAUUGUUACAGCUAAAUUCUUUCCCUACAGCCUCUCAGAGUCCAAGCAAGUACCCCUCUGUGAGGUGGACUAUUUUCGACGGCUCGAUUUGUUGUGUGCGAAAUGCGGUCAAGCUCUGCGAGGCAGCUACAUCACCACAUCCGGUAAGGCUUCAUCGACAACCCGCAUCCGAAACUCCCACCUGACGGCUUCUAACGCAGACAAGAAUUAUUAUGAGCACCGCGACGCAGAUGGCCUGAAUAUCUACUGUCACUAUCACUACAGCACUCGAUGCGCCCAAAAGGCUGCGAUCCUUCGUCAGUUCGUCGAGGUUAACCGAAGCUCACGAGACGAAGCCUAUCACCUGCCAUGUCAUUUGAUUCAGAAGUUCUGGAACGUCAAAAUCAGCACACCGCUACCCGCAAUAACAGACGGCAAGCCACAUUGGGUGCACGAAGAGGCCGUAUACACGCCUGCUACUCUCAAGGACGCUCAGAAUGACAUGAACGAGUUGGUCAAUCGGAUCUGGGCGGUCCUAUCCGCAUAUGAAGAGUCCAGUGCCGCAUGCAUCUCGGAUCUACUCAAAGCGGUCAGCAACGUCAUCUAUUUGGAGGCCAUUCGAAGCGCAGAGCGAUUUGUCUUCCAUGUGGAAGUCUUGUUUGCUGCUUUGGACGAUUUGGACUUCCAUUUUGAAGCCCUUGGCUCAAGUAAAGGCAUCGCACAUGUCCGCGAGUCGAGGGUGCUAUGCAGAAAGACGGUCGACCUAUUCACCCAGCUUUCUCAUGCACAACGCGACGUCUCCAGGCAAGGCCUUACCCAGGAUCUUCUUGGGCUCAUUACCGGAAUCGCCCACUAUUUGAAAAUUCUCCUUCGAAUAGCCCUCCUCGGAGCCCUACGCUUGAUGCGGGAAUAUGGCGACAAGCAGGCUAUCAAGGCGUUCCUUGAUCAACUCCAUCGGCUCAUGGAGGAGAACGGAGACCCCCUUGCAACCCGGAACAUUCAAGAUGACACCCAAGGCAAGGAAGGAGACCAAAAGGUCGUACUAUUUGAUGUCCAACUGAAUGGAAAGCGCCUGAAAGGCGCACGUAGUCGAGAGGGAGUCGCAUUUGGGUUUAAAAGUCUUGACCCAGCCGUGACUGGGAGCUCGCCAUAUGCCCAAGAGUAUUACGACGUACAGCAUGGCACCAAUUUGUCCGCCGAUUUUGUUCCACCAUCCGAUCUCUGUGUCAAGUGCAACAAUACCAUCGAGAGCAACUGUGUCCGCCUAGGAACAUUCACUAGGUGGCAUGUUCAUUGCUUGGAAUGCAAGACUUGUGGGAGAGCGGCUGGUCCCCGACCACCUCCAAAGAGUGACUCGAAGCAGAGCGCAAAAUCUUCCGUCACUACUGAUGUGGAGAGAGACGAGGACAGCAACGACGAGACUGAAGUCACUCGACGAGAGACAAAGGCAAGACUCCAGGAGAGGAUACAAUCCGAGUCGGUGGCUGAAGCCUUCGCCUUUGAGCCCGAGUUUGAGCCAAGCUCUGACGGUCAAGUUUCUCAGUCAACCGGAAUUCCACGAACGGUCUACUGCCCGAAUCAUCGAACUGGUGAUAGCCACCUCGGCUUCCAGACGGUGUCACGGCUCGAGCAGUAUUCGUACCUCUUAAAUGUCGCACUCCUCCGCCUAUACUCGAUACUCAAGCGACGAGGGGCGAUUCAACCUCCGACUGGGCCUUUACGGCGCCGCAUGAGCUCACCACGCGAAUCCGUGGAACUAGCCCGUCUCAAGACUAUCAGCCUAGACCGCAAGAGUACAAGCGUCAAGACGCCACGGCGGUUGACCAUUGUUGAAAGUCCAAUCGGCAAGGUUGCUCAUACAGAUGAGGUUACUAGUAUUAUCAAGGGAUACCCAAGCUCUCCCAAGAAAUCAGCCAAGCCUAGUACACCUCCUUCUCCUCAGCGACGGUCAAAGCCUUCAACGCCGCCGUCUCCUCAGCGCAGUACACCGCAGAAUCAAGAUGUAGAGAAGGAAACCCCACAAUCACCGCAGCCCUUCGUUCCUCUUGCGUCCAUUGCCGAAACUCCGACACCGUCUCGUCCAGAGUUUACGCGCAUGAACUCUCAGGUCGUCGUGAUGGAGGAAGUUCCUAAUCAAGUGGAGUUCCCGGUGAGAAGUGCGAGUCCGAUCGAGGAAGCCACCGAUGAAGAUCACGAAAGCCUGAGACUCACGGAUAUCGCGAGUCUUGUGGAGGCUGAGCAAGCUCGAGAUCGAGCUUCCUCAGUUCUUAGUGGAAGUUCGGGAACAGGGGCUCCAUAUCUUUCAGAUCUCGAUCCAUUAGACCUUGUCAUUGUCAAACAUGCGGCUCUCUGGCUCCUUAAUCAGUCAGAACUCAAGGACAAGAUCGACGCAGACGACAUCUUGGAGGGAAUUGAGAUUAGUCGAAAGGGUAAAAUAUGGAAACAGUUCUUCCGCGGUGAGAAGAAACCCAAAAAGAAAGGUGUUUUUGGAGUUCCGCUUGAACUCCUCACUGAAAGAGAUGGUGUGGAGACAAUAUUGGGCGUAUCUCGUAGCGCAGUGCGAAUUCCAAGCAUUUUGGACGACCUUCUCAGCGCAAUGAAGCAAAUGGAUGUGUCCGUUGAAGGAUCUUCCGCAAAAACGGGAACGGAAGCCGUCGACUUCUCGCAAGAAAGCCCUAUUCAGCUCGCAGCCUUGCUGAAGAAGUUCUUUAUUGACCUCCCUGAUCCAUUGCUCACUCAUCGGCUACACUCUCUAUUUCUGUCUACACUUACUGUGACAGAUGCAGCGGAGAGAGCGAGACUGCUUCAUCUCGCUGCGACUUUGCUACCGAAGAGUCAUCGGAGCGUUAUGGAAGUGCUCUUUGCAUUCUUGCGAUGGGUGGCUCUUUUCUCAAACAUCGACUCGGCUGGGAGCAAGAUGGAUAUCCCAAACCUCUCUACCGUCAUCGCUCCCAGCAUUCUCUGCUCCAAAACCCAUGACCCUCAGUCAAGCUUCUCGGCAAUCUCGGUUGUAACACAGAUGCUUGAGGACCAAGACGCUUUCAACAGGGUCCCAGAGCAGUGUCUGUCGCUCCUUGCGGAUCGCAAGGAGUUUACUAAGUGCGAGUCCUCUAAGGACCUUUUAAAGAAGUGUGCACAGCACUUCCGGAAUCAAACUGGCAAGACGGGUGCACAGACGCCGAUAAACUCUCCUGUCGCUGCGCACUUUACACCGGGCACUCUUCAUUCGCACAAGUCGGAAGGAUCGCUAGAUGGUCGAGGGAGAGUGUCCCAAGAUAAGAAGGCGAAUCGAAACUCCAAAUCUCUGGAACGCAAAGAUCCUCGCGAGCGUCGCGAGAGGAGCAAUACACUCCGAAAACCCAAACCCUCUCAUCCGGGUCUUCCUCAUGCGCCGUUCUCACUCCCCUCUCUCAACGCCUCGAGCUCACGUCUUGGAACAGAGACGUCGCUUCUCGGUUCUCUUGGUUCCCUCACACCUGGAAUCAAAAGUGAGGCUCCUCCGACUUGGAAAUCUUCUCAUGUUCCAAGUACCAUGGCCGAUUCGCCUCCCGUCUCGAACGGGGUGUUAUGA